UUAAGAACACGAAAUGCUGAAUUCCUUUUCAUAUUUCAGUGUUGAUAUACAUAUAUUAUUUAUCAAGUUUUGAAAGAGGUGAAAAAUGCCUCCAGUUAGCAUCGGAAAGAUUGAUGUGGAUUUCCCCUUCAAACCGUACGCCUGUCAAAUGGCAUACAUGGAAAAAGUGAUCGAAUGCUUGCAAUCGAAAAAGAAUGGAAUUUUAGAAAGUCCAACUGGGACAGGAAAAACGCUUUGUCUUCUUUGUGCUACUUUGUCCUGGAGGCAGACUUAUAUAGCAAAUAUGCAGCUGCGACAAAGGAUGUGCAAUACUACAUCUGAAAAUGGCUUUAAAGACAGUUUGGGUAAUCAGUUGGAUGAAGCCACAGGAGGAGGAGAUGAAGGUUCUUUUUGUGAAAUUCCAAAAAUUAUUUAUGCUUCAAGAACCCAUUCCCAACUCACCCAAGUGAUUCAAGAACUAAAAUCCACUGUUUACAGACCUAAAGUUAGCAUCAUUGGCUCAAGAGAACAGCUCUGCAUUAAUCCUGAUGUACUGAAACAGGAAACAAAUUCAGCUAAGAUCCACAUGUGUCGAAAUAAAGUUUCAGCAAGAACAUGCCAAUUUUUCAACAAUUUGGAAGCUAAAAAAUCAGAAAGGGAUUUCGUAUCAGACAUUCUUGACAUUGAAGAUCUUGUAAAACGAGGUCAGAAGCAUAAGGCUUGUCCAUACUACAUGGCUAGAGAGCUAAAAACAGGGGCAGACAUAAUAUUUAUGCCAUAUAACUACUUACUUGAUCCCAAGUCGAGAAAAGCUCACAACCUUGACCUUGCUGGAAGUGUUAUAAUCUUUGAUGAAGCUCACAAUAUUGAAAGAGUUUGUGAAGAUACAGUUUCAUUUGAUCUGACAUCAUUUGACAUUGCAUCUUGUGUAGAAGAUGUGAUUCUUUGUAUGGAGUUCUUAGCUARUAAAGAGGAAGGAAUUGAAAUGGACGAGGAAGCAAAUGUACAAGAAAUUGAUAUAGAAGAUGUGAAAACCCUGAAAGCUCUCUUUAGCAAAUUAGAAGAAGAAAUUGAUAAAAUUCCACUUCCCAAAGAAGGAGGACAAUCAUUUCCUUCAAGUUUUAUGUUYGAUUUGAUGUCAAAGUGCGGGAUUACAUCAAAAACCAAGGUCAAUCUAUUGGAACUGCUUGAAAAGCUCAACCCAAUCUUAGCUAGUGAUACAAAAGGAUUAAGAGGAAAGCAUUAUGCUCUUUCAAAAUUUGCUGAAGCUCUUCAGAUUAUUUUCCAUAAUGAGCCAGAACCAGAAGAAAAAGAAGGAAACAAACAGCAGAAAUCAAAAGCUUCGGAAGAAAUAAAACCGAAGAWUCCAAUCCAAUCAUCCAAUGAAAAUUCAAAAUAUUACAAGGUUUAUGUGAAAGUAGAGCCAGAUUCCAAAAAGAAACAAAAAAGCCUUGAUGUAUGGACCUCAGGCUCAAAAGCUGAAAAGAAAGGACGUACUCUSAGUUACUGGUGUUUUAGUCCUGGACAUGCAAUGAAGAAUCUGAUGAGGCAAGGUUUAAAAUCACUCAUUUUGACAAGCGGAACUCUGUCCCCUUUAACCUCAUUUACUGCUGAACUCCAAAUACCAUUUAGUGUAUCACUUGAGAAUCCCCAUGUGAUAGAGAAACAUCAAGUCUGGGUUGGCGUGGUUACUAAAGCACCRGAUGGAGCCACCUUAAAUUCAUCAUUUGAAUUCAGAUCCACAGUUGAGUACAUGAAUGGGCUUGGUAACGCUAUUGCCAAUUUUGCUCGUAUUGUCCCUAAUGGUCUUUUGGUGUUCUUUCCAUCGUAUCCUGUCAUGAACAAGUGUCUUGAACACUGGCAGACUACUKCAAUAUGGACGCGAAUCUCCCAACACAAGCCAAUGUUUGCAGAGCCUAAAGGCAAAGGCGAUUUUGUACAGGCGAUGGAAGAUUUUUAUUCUAAGAUCAACGAUCCACAAUUUAAUGGAGCUACAUUUUUUGCUGUCUGCAGAGGAAAGGUCAGUGAGGGACUUGAUUUCUCGGACAUCAAUGGUCGAGCAGUAGUGAUCACUGGACUACCAUUCCCUCCUAAAAUGGAUCCCAGGGUUAAUUUAAAAAUGAACUUCCUGGACGAGAUGCUGCGGAAAGAAAAAGGAAAAGUCAAGGGUCUGUCCGGCCGUGAAUGGUACCGUCAGCAAGCAUCUCGAGCUGUCAAUCAAGCCAUUGGACGAGUGAUACGUCACAGACAAGACUACGGAGCCAUUUUGCUAUGCGACGUCAGAUUCACUUACUCAGAAGCUCGUCAACAGCUUCCGUCGUGGGUUCGACCGCACGUGAAAAUCUUCAAGGAAUUUGGUCACGUGCAUAGGGACCUCAUUCAGUUCUUUAAAACUGCUGACAAACUAGUUGACAAAAGUGCAAUGAAAGUCAAACAAAGCGUACCUGAAAUGAAAGCUGACGUAGAAUCUGACACCAUUGAAGUACMAUGUCAAAUGUCUGCAUCACAGCCGAGGUCAGAAAGCGCGAUACAAUUCACGCCUCGCUAUCCCCCCUUACAACGGGAAGUCCCGAAGACUCGCGGGAUAGAAGCACCAUCCACCAAAUGGGAAGGCGCAAAGUCUUUAGCGCGUUUAUCUGUUCAAUAUGAAUCAAAUUCCAAAUCCCAUGAUGCAAAUCGGCCGAGGAGCAGCGCAUCCGGUUCGCAGGCAUCUUCAGGGAUAUCUCGUGAAAAAACUAAACCAAGAAGCAGCUUAGUAGAUUCACUCGCGUCAUCUGAGGCAUCGCGAAAUUCUUUAUUGUCUAAUCAAGAAGACAGUGAUUCCAAGCCGUCAAUAUCUGAUUCCAUCAUUGGUAACAGAAAAUUAGAAAGUCAGCACAGAACWAAGAAAGUUUAUAAGAUCGUCAAGUCAAAGGCUGAAAACGUAAAUGACGAAGAAAAGAAACAAGUUUCUCAGCCGAAAUCACAGAAGAUGCUAGCAGCCAAAGAAUAUUUAGCUAAGGUUCGACAAAGUCUCGGUGAUGACAAUUAUCAAAUUUUUUCAAAAGUUCUCAUGCACUAUAAAAAGACAAACGACUUGCAAACAUUGAUAACUGGCUUGACGCCAUUGUUCACUAAGGACCAGUCAAAGUAUUAUCUCUUCCUUGAUUUUUCCAGUUAUGUMCGGMAUUGCGAUGACAAAUUAAAGUUCUUCAAAGCCUACAGAGAUAUUACUGGUCAAGAUGUACCUGCAUCUUAUCUAGAAGGAGUGAGAAAUAAGAAACGCCAAGAACCUGAUAGUGAACAGAAUUGUAAAGUUGGCAAAAGAAUAAAGAUCGAAGAAGACAGACAAUCAGCUCAAAAAACGGGUUUCUCCAAUGGAAAUUUGGAUGGUGCAACUGGAUCAAAACAUUUGACUCUUCUUGACAAUAUGACACAUCUAAAUGGAGGAAAAUAAUCGUUAUCUAUUUAGUUAUAUUAUUAGUUCGAUAGUCACGUUGUCACGAAAUCCUCUCGCGUCACGAAAAUCAACAAUAUACAAAUUUAUACUACGAAUACGGAAAUACAACUACAUAGAAUGGUAUUUUUAUAACAUAUAAGGAAAAAGACGCAUAUGUUUUGGAAAAUAUCAAUAUUGUUUUUGUUUUAUUAAAAAAAAUUACAA